AUGGUUGGAAAGGCUAGAUCUUCUAAUUUUACAUUAUCUGAAAAGCUUGAUUUGCUAAAGCUGGUAAAGCCAUAUGUUAAAAUUCUUGAAGAGCACACUAAUAAACAUUCAGUAAUAGUGGAAAAGAACAAAUGCUGGGAUAUCAUAGCAGACAAAUAUAAUGCUAUUGGAGUAGAUCGCCCGCCUCGUACAGCACAAGGCCUGCGUACCCUCUAUAAAAGGCUCAAAGAAUACGCCAAACAGGAGCUCUUGCAGCAAAAGGAGACUCUGUUAGAUCAUAGGAGCAGUAUUUCUGAGCCAACCAAGAAAGUUGUGGAAAUGAUUCCCCAGAUUUCCAGUGUGUGCCUAGGAAGAGACAAGAACAAUAUACAAAGUGCAAACGUGGAUAAGGAAGCGCAUGCAGGUACCAGUUUGCCACAGGUGAUGUUGGAACACCAUCCUAUUGCUAUUACAGUGGAAUUGGACCAAGAAGAAGAUAUUAAACCACCUCCUUCACUAAUUGUAGAUGCUCAACAGAAUGAGACAUUAGAACAAAGAGAAGAGCAUGAAUUGGUCCGUGUUAUGGAGCAAUCUUCACCCUCGCUCUCUCCUGUUGAUACAAGAAUGACAUUAUCACCAUCUUCUCUUCCAAGGAGAGAUGAUUUUUUUAGACAUGAAAGCGGAGAACAUUUUAGACCAUUAUUAGGAUAUGACCCACAAACAUUGCAAAUGAUGAAGGAGGAGCAUCAGAUAAUUUUAGAAAAUCAAAGAAAAUUUGGACUGUAUGUUCAAGAAAAGAGGGAUGGAUUAAAGAGAAGGCAGCAGCUUGAGGAAGAACUUCUAAAAGCAAAAAUCAAAGUGGAGAGGCUGAGAGCAAUACGCCUAAGACGAGAUCUUCCUGAAUACAAUAGUCUCUAA